AUUUUCUUCCUUCUUCCCUACCCAACUGCGGCUAGAGGGUGGAGCUAACGACCGAAUUCUUAAUAUCAUUGGUUGGCGAGCCGGUAUUGGGGCCACGCGCGAUACUACGCUUCAUUCCUGCUGAUGUGCCGGUGGCUGUGAGCAGGAAGAGGGUAUUUUAGCAUCUACAGCCGCCAUGCCGUCCGAUUUAGCGAAAAAGAAAGCGGCUAAGAAGAAAGAAGCUGCAAAAUCUCGCGGACGUACCAAGAAAGCCGACGAGUUGAAUGGAGUGAACGGCGAUGGUGCGAAACCCGAAAGUCCAGAGAAUGGAGCAGCGGAUGAUGGAGUGGCAAGUCUCACAAAGGAGAUAGAUGAGUUUGAACUGAAGAAGACUGAAGCACGAGCAGUGACGGGAGUAUUGGCCUCCCACCCCAACAGCACUGAUGUCCACAUCUCCAGUCUGUCCCUCACAUUCCAUGGUCAGGAACUGUUGAGUGACACUAGCCUGGAGCUCAACUCAGGCCGUCGCUAUGGACUCAUUGGACUCAAUGGAACAGGCAAGUCCAUGCUGCUGUCAGCCAUUGGCCACAGAGAGGUGCCCAUCCCAGACCACAUAGACAUCUACCAUCUGACACGGGAGAUGCCGCCAAGUGAAAAGACGGCCCUCCAGUGCGUGAUGGAGGUGGACGAGGAGAGGAUCAAGCUGGAGCAGGAGGCAGAGAGGCUUGCGACGGAGGACUCCGAGUGUGAGAAGCUGAUGGAGCUGUACGAGCGUCUGGAAGAGCUGGAUGCGGACAAGGCAGCAGUGCGUGCCGGCCGGAUCCUGAACGGCCUGGGCUUCACCGCCGCAUCGCAGCACAAAAAGAUGAAGGACUUCAGCGGAGGCUGGAGGAUGCGGGUGGCUCUGGCCAGAGCGCUGUUCCUAAAGCCCUUCAUGCUGCUGUUGGAUGAGCCCACCAACCAUCUUGACCUGGAGGCCUGUGUGUGGCUUGAGGAAGAGCUUAGCCAGUUUAAACGUAUUCUGGUGCUGAUCUCACAUUCCCAAGACUUCCUCAAUGGUGUUUGUACCAACAUAAUUCACUUGCACCAGAGGAAUCUCAAAUAUUACACAGGUAACUAUGACCAAUAUGUGAAGACCAGAGAGGAGCUGGAGGAGAACCAGAUGAAGCGCUUCAACUGGGAGCAGGACCAGAUUGCACACAUGAAGAACUAUAUAGCACGGUUUGGCCAUGGCUCUGCAAAACUGGCCAGGCAAGCUCAGAGCAAAGAGAAGACUCUGCAGAAGAUGGUGGCCUCAGGUCUGACUGAGCGAGUUGUGGAUGACAAGACCCUGUCAUUUUGUUUUCAUCCCUGUGGGAAGAUCCCCCCUCCUGUCAUCAUGGUGCAGAAUGUCAGCUUUAAGUAUAACGAUGACACGCCAUAUAUUUAUAAAGACCUGGAGUUCGGAAUUGAUCUGGACUCACGGGUGGCCCUUGUGGGGCCGAACGGAGCUGGAAAGUCCACGCUGUUGAAACUGUUGGCUGGAGAGCUUCUCCCCUCCGACGGUAUGAUCAGGAAGAACUCUCACGUAAAGAUCGGCAGAUACCACCAGCACUUGACUGAGCAACUUGAGUUGGACCUGUCCCCUCUGGAGUACAUGCUGAAGUGUUACCCAGAUAUCAAGGAGAAGGAGGAGAUGAGGAAGAUCAUUGGGCGCUACGGCCUGACGGGGAAGCAGCAGGUAAGUCCCAUCAGGAACCUGUCAGAUGGGCAGAAAUGCAGAGUGUGCUUCGCCUGGCUCGCCUGGCAGAACCCACACAUGCUCUUCUUGGACGAGCCUACCAAUCACUUGGACAUCGAGACCAUCGAUGCUCUGGCAGACGCCAUCAAUGACUUUGAGGGUGGCACGAUGCUGGUUAGCCACGACUUCAGGCUUAUCCAGCAGGUGGCUCAGGAGAUCUGGGUGUGUGAGAAACAGACCAUCACCAAGUGGACCAAGGGCAUCUUGGCCUACAAGGAAAAUCUCAAAUCCAAAAUUGAGGGGCAAUCGCAUGACCUCUAGAGACCAGACAAUCAAGAAUUGUCAAAUUGUCAACAGCAUCUCCCAUCACCAGCCUGCAUGUUGAGGUUUUCUUCAGAGGAGAUGCUGGCCCCUCCUCAAAUCACUCUGGUUACCUUCAUAGGCUGGUGGUAGUCUUGGUAACAUUUAGUCAUCUGCAGAGCAUCAUGUUUUCUAGUCAUUAUGCAAUUCUCCUUACAGGUCUACGGUUUUUCAUUCCUGGAAAUAUUAUUAUAACGGAAAUAAUAAAUAUAAGUACUUGUAUCUACUGUGCACUGAACUUUUGUCAAGUUCAUACUGCUGCAGACAUAUCCCGUGUCAGCUGCAAGUGGAUGUUCUAAAGGUGAAGUUCAUCGGAGGCUCUUAAAGAGCUUUUUAUUAUGUCCUGUAUUAUUUAAUGCUAUAUCUGCUGCAAUAAUGCAUUUGGCCAAAAUAAAAGAUUCAUCACCCA